AUGCCACGGCAGCCGAGACAGCUAUGGACCCAAGAAGAAGACGAUGAUCUCAAACGCUUAAGGAGAGAAAAUCCUAAGUAUUCUUGGGAAGAGAUCAUAAAGCAGGGAAACCUGGAAGGCAGGACUCCUAAAAGCUGUUCACAUAGGUGGCAUAACUAUCUGAAGUCUGACUUUAACGGCGGGGAAUUUUCCCCUGAGGAAGAUGAACAAAUCAUCAAUCUAAAGCGCCGUCAUGUGAGUUGGGCAUCCAUGCCAGAAGAGCCUCUUCUUAAGCAUCGAUCUCCUAAUGAUAUCGAGAACCGCUGGUACAGCCGCUUGAAGAAGGGGACUGCGACUGUAAGCGACCCUAGGCGACCCUAG